UGAGCCGGAGAAUAGAAAAAGCCCAAAAUAACAGAUUAAAAUUAAAAAGAUCCAUAAACAAUCAAUCAAAACGAGGAAACUAAUUUCGCGCUCCCUCCUUAUCUCUCAAGUCUCAAUAUUAAUAGUUUCACUUGCUGUUUCUCAGACUCUCUCUCUUUCUUUCUUUCUUUCUUCUCCAAGAACCCCCUUUCAGAUCGAGUCUUCGACCUGUGAAAGUUUCAGAGAAUGGACGGUCUUCCUGAUUACUUUCAGUAUCGUGCGAUAGUAGAGGAAUGCAUUGAAAACAACCUGACCAAGGAUGAGACUGAGAGAUAUGUAGAGGAAGUCCACCAAAUCCCAAUUCAAGAUACCAACCGAGUUUGGGAUCAUCUUGAAAGGACGAAUCCAGAUUUGUUCAUAGCGUACAAUGCAAGGAUGCGUGAGCGCAAUGCAAGAAUCCCUAAGCGCGUUGCGAAACCUUCUUCACCACCAGAGGUAACUUCCGCAAGGAGACGUAAAAUGCGUGGGACUAAGAAAGAAUACCGUCUAUCUCCUUAUUGUCGCCCGUUGUUGACUGCUAUAAAUGUCCCGGAUGCAUCACCACAAGAAGCUGCUUCUUCUGCUAAUGCUCUAGAGAACCAAAACCUUCAAGCCUCCCAGCAGCAGCCAGCUUAUCUCAACGACUUUUGGCAGCAGCUUUUGAGUACUUUGGGUCAGAUAAAGAGUAACACACAGUAUUUGAAUACUUUGGGUCAGAUUCAGAGUAAUACAGACCAAAUGCUCAAACUCUUGACCGAUGGACAUGGAUUUGGACCACAUCUUUCUGCUGCGCGAUCCUCCAAGAGACAGCGAGUUGGAGAGGCAGAAGAGAGAGGUAAAAAUGAAGAAGCAGAGAAGCUGCAGAAGAAAGAGGAAGGUGACGAUAAUGAAGCAGAGAAGCCGCAGGAGAAUGAGAGAGCUGGCGAUGAAGAAGCAGAGACGCGGCAGGAGAAUGAGAGAGGUGACAACGAAGAAGCAGAGAAGCUGCAGGAGAAAGAGGAAGGUAACGAUGGAGAAGCAGAGAAGCUGCAGGAUUACAUCUGCCACAAAAAACGCAUGGAAAAGUUCUCACAUUAGCGUAGUUAUUGAUUAACAGAACAUAUUGCAAAGACACAUUACUUUCUUAUUGUCAUCCUAGACACUACUACUAGGCACCAGAGCUACGCUGUUAAAAAAAAACAUUGGGAACAUUUUAUUAUCUGUUUUUUUUUUUGCUUGGCCUCUCUCUCCAGGCUUUGUGUUGUUGUUGGUCCCAGAACCGAAACUGUGGAGAAGAGAUAAACAUGUAACAAGUUCAAAAAUACAUGUAUCCAUUCUAUCAAACCUCAGUCCAUUUAUUUGUGUGGCAAAAUAUAACCAAAAAAAAAAAAAGAGAAAGCAAAGCACAAGUGUCUUGUGAUGCUUAUUCCUCUGACAAGGAACCCAAAAGAUAAGUGCAAAAAUCCAAAUGAGAAGGAACCAUAUGGCCUAAAGACUCGUUGAGCCAGGCAUUCCAAACCAUGGUAACUUUCAUUUACCAUUACAAUUUCAAACCAAAUGUAAUAUCCGUUUUUCUCUGGAGCUAUUGUUCAGACCCAAGUUGAAACAGUAAAUCCAUUAAACCUUGUUCAUAAACUCCCAUAAGAACGUUGAAAGUCAUUAUAAAUAUGUACUUAAUAAGUCAAGUAUAACCACAUAAACACUUGCAAAUUUCUGUGUUUUGUAUAAUAAUAUUUAAAAAUCGUGACAGUAACUUUCCUUCAAAACUUGCAA